CUUCACAAGACUUGCGGGCCAUAUGAGGGAGACUGCAUUGUGAACUACGCAUACGAAGAGUACAGACGUGAAAACAGCAACUUAUAUUGUGUUCUUCUGUGCUGUCGCCCUUAGGGACUCAUAUCUUUACAAGUCACUCACGAUGCAGAACGAGCAAGAGCCGAUAUCCGAGGCGGAUUCUACAAUAUGCCCCGAUAUUACGAAUCUCGCCGAUGGGACUACCUAUGACGAGGUGGAAGAAUUGCUACUCUUGCAUUUGGCAGAUCAAAAUGAUCCCCUCCCGCCAGAGCUCGAAGCAACUAUGGUCUCAGAGGAGGAGAGACACAUGCCUAGCAGACAGGUUUCCCCACUACUCAUGGAACGCCCCAAGAGUUCUGGUAUUGACAUGACAGCUUUUUGCUUCCAGAGGCCUACUCAGGGUCCAAAUUUGUUCUCCCUGCAGCCAGAAAAACGCUCCUCACUGAAUACCAUGCCUCCUGGGGCUGAUGCUCAUCUCGGUGGUGGCAAAGGUGUAUCCUUUGUCACUCGAAAAGGACUGGGACAAGAAAGUUCUUCAUAUCCAGCGAACUCGCAUAUCAGCACACGUAAUGUAAACGUGAUUCCACGAAAUGGAUCUCUCGAAUCACAAGAACCAGAGGACACCUCUUUAGAGACAACACAGGGCAAGGCGCAUGCUGGGCAUGACUUGCACGAUUCGCAUGCUGCAGCUAGUUCUGUGCCCCAAGUCGACCAACGCUCGUCCGCUGAUUCAGGGGCAAUCCCCCCAGAAGAUGCAGCGCUCAACAGACGUACCACUUCUAUGGGACACAGAAAAGUAGGCAGCAAACAAAUUAUGUCUCUCCCCUGCUGACGAGAGUCCAGAACACCGAAAGAAAGGAGGUGACAGGCCAUGGAAGCAAGGCAGUUAACGCACGUAUCUCUGAUGAACCACUGAGAAGAUCAGAUCAAAGCAAAGCGACCGAGCAAAGUUUGUUGGUUGCUAGAAAUCAAACAUCAAGAA